AUGGAGCUUGCUCUUCAAAAGCCUUACCUGAUGCAUGCCAUCAACGGAGUAUCUGCCGACCACCUCUGUUAUCUUCUUCCUGCAGCUCAGCAUCCAGUUCAACAUGGCCAAAGCCAGUUGGCUGCUUUUUAUCAUUGGCAAAAGGCACUGCAGCUGUUCCGAGACGAGCUGUCCAAUGGCGCCACCGAGGAGAAUAUGGAUGGCCUGAUAUCUACCGUUAUGCUGAUCUGUGUGCACCAGUUCAUGCUCAGCGAGCCGUUACCUGACCCCAGCAAAAGCUUCAUAUACGCGCCACCAGAAGCACGGCGCGAACGUCUCGCAUGGUUGACCAUCCAACACGGAAUCAAUGCGCUACGGAGCCAACUGGGAGACGUUAUCUGGAAUUCCAUCUGGCGCCCGGUGUUCCUGGACUCGGCAAUAUUCCAGCGAGUACCAAACUACGUGACUUCAAAGGCUGGUGACGAGGCGCACAGUUUGUUCUUAGAAAUCUGUGAAGUGACAGCAGAAUCUUCGUGCGACACCAACCCUUACUACGAAGCACUGCAACACCUACUUUAUAUUCGGCGACUCAGACCCAGCGUGACUACUUUCAACAAAUUGGUUGAAUUUGUUGCCGUCAUAGAAGGCGAGUUUCUCCGUCUGCUUGUGAGUAGAGAUACACGAGCGUUGCUGAUUCUGGCACAUUGGCUGGCGAUGAUGAGCGAAGUGGGACAGUGGUGGAUCAGCGUGAGAUGCAAGGCUGAGUGCAUUGCUAUCACAACGUUUUUGAUGCAUGAUCGGGAUGAGAGGGUGAGGGAGUUGUUGAGGUAUCCAGCGAGGACUGUGGGGAUAGGACUCAUGAGGAGGGAUGAGGGCUGUCACUCCCUCGCCGCCGUCUUCGCCUUAUCGUCUGUCUCACUGAAAGCGAAAUAUGUGUUCGGAGAUACCGACAUCAUCGACGUUCGGCCUGUCGAUAUCUUUACAAAUCCACUCGAGAUGGCCUCAACAACACGUCCUACACCGGUAUUGCCGCCGGAUCCCGUGCCGGCGCGGACGACCCUGUCUCCAUUCGAACUCUUAAUCACUUGCAAUCCACCCAUUCUCCGAUCACUCCUUGCACAAAUACCGACUGAGACCAUCUUCCGCCUAUACCAGACCUCACCCUACCUCCGAGACUUCUUUGCACGGUCUCCUACCUCGUGGCGGUAUAUCUCAUGGCGCCUCUACCAGCCAGCUACUACCACGACGACUAUCACUGCCAGUGGGACUAUUGGCCAGAGGCAGUCCAGCAACUAUGCCCUCGACCAGAUUAUCCUGACGGUCAUAAACCCUUUCAGCACGAGGCUGGCUAGUCUGGAGUUGGAUAACACGGCUGUGAGCGGGACGACCUUGACAUCAACCGUACUUAUCUUGAGGAGAGAGACACUUCUACACGUCUCGGUCCGGGGUUGCAAGAACGUCUCUUUGAAAUACCAUAUCAACCCGUGGCUAACGAUGCAUGCCUUGGCCCGAAACACGCCAGACUCCAAAGGUCCCCCCCCAGGCUUCGAGACAUUGGCUUUGAAGAGUCUCUACACCUACAGAUGUCGACACCACAGAAGGAGGCCCUACCUCCCGAGCAGUCUGGCACGCAAAGAAAGCGAUAGUGAACCGACGCAUGAACUGGUAACUACGUGCCACACCCUCGGGAUUUGGACGGAUACUGCCUGGUGCACUACUCCCGGAGCACGAUGUUACCGCCGGCGAGGUUACGUGAAGAUGCGCAUGCCACAGGACCCCAGAGAAGUGUGGGUGGUCUACGACCGCCUAUGGAGGAGUCGGAAUUGGCUAGGACCCGUUGAAACCCCCAAAGGUAGUAAUCUCCCCAGCAAGAAGCGGAAACGAGAUUGCAGAAGCUGGGAGUAUGAUGAGGAAGGCAUGAAUGGCGAGCCCCUUGGGACAGGGCCAGAGGCCAAAUUUACUCCUGCACACCUACGACACUCGCACCGGCAGUUCGUCGACGACAUCACCUGCCAGAACUGUGAUGCCCAAAUACUGGAAAGCUGUGCCUUCGACCGACCUUAUUUACGGAACAGGAACUCCCGCGAAGAAGACAGAAACAAGUUCUGGUGGGCCCCCGGUUGUGCUGUGUCGCCCUGUUCCAUGCAAGAUCAAGAUCUGCCUCCUCUUGGAGGAAGCAACCUGGGUCAGCUUGCCAAUACCAACAGUCUGCCCAAUCUCAAGUUUAAGUGGUGCUGCACAGAGCCCUUAUUUUCCGGAGGUGGUGGGAUCACUUACAGCAACAAUGCAGCUCGUGACAUUGAUCGCAUACGAGCGGCGCCGCUUCCGCGUGGACACGGAUGGGAGGACCCUGAGUUCAACCCUGACCGAUCAGCUGGACCAGAAAAUGUACCUAACCAACUAGGCCCCGGAGGCCGCUGGCAGUCCAUCGAUGGCUUGUUCCAAACGGCUGCGACUCUGGCUACGGGGGAGCAUCCUGCCGUGUCUGUGCCUCGGGUCCUGUGCGAUGAUUGUUAUAACGCGAACCACUGGAAAAUCAAAUGCAAGGCUUGCGCCACUGCUAUCUGUCUCAAGCAUGACAUUAGCGAUCGACUGAAAGCUAGGAUAUGUGGAUACAAAGACCUUGUGCUUGAAAAGCAGGAGUACAAGUCGAAACAGACGGCCGCGAAGUUACUUGCUACCCUGAUGAAACAACGAAAAGGGAAGCAACCUGCACAAGAGCGGAACCCUAUAGAAAUAGAAAGCACUGUCAGCACUCCAAGGGCUGCGCGAGCUGCCACAAUGCCUGCGUCCACUGUCGCGCCACUGGCUGUUUCUGAAGUCGUGGCAGAUACUCCGGAGCCGCUUCGUUCUGCUGAGGCCAGCAUCGCGUCGAGACCGCUACGAACACCCAUGGCAGAGGUUGAUCGGCCGCAACGGUCAGCAUCACCCGUUUCGGAUAGCACUGGUCCACACUCCCGAUCAACCUCUCCUGCGCCUUCGGCCCAUUCCAUCCCAGCGACACCCGAGCCAAACUCGGCACCGCGACGACCCCCACGUCCUGCAAUACCCUCGGGCCCCAAAUGGCGAGGUUGUCAAGCACUUUUCUGCCCAGCGACCCGUUCGGCUCCAGGCGAUCACAGAAGGCGUUGCACAGCACCCAUAGAUCAGUGUGUCGGAUGCAAGGUCUACAUUUGCGACGACUGCAGUGGGUCUCUAGAGCCGCCGUGUCCCUGCAAAGGGUGCCAGCGACCACCAGCAGAUGAAGAUCAUAGCAUGGCCACUAUGCCAGCCGCCACACCUGCGCCUGGGACUGCUUUGUUCUUCUGCCCCAACUGCCGCUGGGACAGGAUGAUUUCUGGAAAAUGCAAACGCAAGUCUGAAGCAUUCCUAAAGGCUCAGUCGCAGUCGAUCAGAAGACUCAAGAAGAGAAAGGAUAAGAUGCGGAAACCAGUGGAGGAGAGAAGAACGAGUCAGGGGGCUACAGGGACUCUCUCGGCCACGGAACAGGCCAUUGAAGGGUUGGUCGAGUUCUUUACAAGUUUGAACAUGCAGUAUCCUGGCACGGCAGGACCGCAACAAGCCGAGGCGAGCAGUUCAUCGCAGCCGGAGUCGGCCACACAGUCUGACGUGUUGAGCAAUAAUCCCGAUGAGAUCCGGGAACUAGAAGAUAUGGGCGCCUUGGCUCGAGACUUGAUCCGGCGCAUCCAGCGCUUGAGAGAUCAAUUCCGUCCCGGAUCUCUAGCGGCUCAGGCACUCCCAGAUAUUCGCGUGGAAGAUGGGGUUCACGCAGCUAAUACCGCAGCUCAAAGGUUAGCACAUGAGGCUCUGGCAGUUCAAAUGGCCGCGGACAUCGUCGGUCCUCAUCAUGCUGUGCGCCUCGCUCCGAUCCCGGCGGCGAGUGAAAAUGCGAACGCUCCUGCCUCCGUCCAGGCACAGAACUACGAUCUCAGACAACUCAUCCUGCCGGAUGAGCCGGAUCCGGAUGUGGCUCCUGAUGUUGAAGAGUUGGAUGACGAAGAUGAUGGGCAAUUUGAAGAUGGAGGGACGAGCACCGAAUGA